CGCAGUCUAUACUUUAAAAAAUCAAGAAGGCUGUAUCGUAGUACCUUUGCCUAGUACAAUUGAUAGGAGCUGAAAUAAAUAAAAAACUAUUUUCGUUCUUACUUACCUUACGUCAAAAAAGUGUUAGUGAACUAAAUUUGGUGGUUUAUUUCAAGAUUUUUUCAGUAAAUUGAGUAUAUGGUAGAAGAAAAGGUAGAACAAUUGGAGGGUGCAAUGACUAAACAUAUGUUGAAAUAAUGACUAUAUCAAUGAAAGAACAAGAUCAAAUGCCAGGGGAGAUGGCAUUCCCCGAGGCCAAGUUAAAGGCACUGGAGGAGAAAAUUUCACAUCCUCGCUGGGUUGUGCCUGUGCUACCUGAACAGGAGCUAGAAGCACUUCUUGUUGCUGCUACUGAGCUAGCAGCAAAAGGUGAAGACGCAACCCACCCAGCUUGUCAGAGAUUUUACAAUGAUGCUCUUACAGUGUCUUUUACAAAGAUACUAACAGAUGAUGCAGUCUCUUCAUGGAAAAACAAUAUACAGCAAUGUGUACGAUCAAAUUGUGAAAAGCUUGUCAAACUAUGUGCAAUGAAACUUGAUGACCCAAGAUUUUUGCACUUAUUAUCUAUGACAUUCAAUCCAAAUAACAAAUUUCACACAUUCAAUGCAUCUAGAACUUGUGAAGGUCUAUCAAUUACAUCUCCUGGUCAGGGCACCACUCAAGAGGCUGAAGUGUUUGCGAGGUCACAGGACCACCGUACGCCGAGAGGAUGGCUGGUCCAUCUUGUUAAUGUAUUCGGUCAAGCAGGGGGUUUUGUCAAGAUUCGCGAAAGAUUUGAAACAAUAAUGGGGUUUCUGAAGACAGACUUAACAACCUCCAUCAAUUCAGAAGAAAAAGUAUCCACUGAAAUAAUUGAGAAAGAAAGUGAAGACAGCAAAUGUGAUAAAGUCGACAGUCCAGAAAUAAAUGUUAUUUCUGAGAGUGGCGAAUAUUCGAACCCGACGCGCAGUGAGCAACCAUCCUCCUUGGAACAGUCUAUGACUGGAGAAACUCGGGUAACAGCAGUUUGGCAGCUGCUGCGCCCCUUAGGACUGUGCCACGAUCUCCUCACAUCACACACUGUUACCACGUACCUGUUACCUGUUCUUGAAUGUAUCCCAACACUACUGGAAAGUUUAACUGAUGAGGAACUGAAGAGAGAAGCACGCGGUAGUGAAAAUAAGACUGACCCUGUAUCUUGUUUAAUUCGCGCGUGUAAAUACGUCUCAGUGAAAACACCUCAACACCACAGUUUACUAAAAUCUCUUGAAAUGUUUCGGUUAAAAAUGAUAUUACGAUUGCUACAAAUGUCAUCAUUCAAUGGAAAGAUGUCAGCUUUAAAUGAAAUUAAUCAACUUAUCAGUACAUUUGCCCAACAACCGAAGCCUGAGUGGCUUACGCCAGCUGUAAUUACUACAUGGAUCCGUGAAAACAAAGUUGUAGACAUAGUUUUACGGGACUCACUUCACCAGCCGCAAUAUGUAGAAAGAUUAGAAAAAAUGCUCAGGUUUAUGAUCAAAGAAAAUUCACUAACUCGAGAUGACUUGGACGCCAUAUGGAAAGCCCAGCAUGGCAAACACGAAGCAAUCGUAAAGAACUUACACGACCUGUUAGCCAAACUGGCUUGGGACUUUACUCCCGAUCAACUGGAUCAUCUGUUUGACUGCUUUACUGCUAGUUGGGCAACGUCAAGCAAAAAACAAAGUGAUAAACUAUUAGAAGUGAUAAGAAGGCUGGCAGAAGAUGACAAGGAUGGUGUAAUGGCAAACAAGGUAUUAGUGCUUUUUUGGAAUUUGGCUCACUCUGAUGAAGUUUGCACAGAAAUAAUGGAUGUGGCGUUAGCUAAUCUUAUUAAAAUUCUGGACUACAGUUGUAGUCAAGAUCGUGACGCCCAGAAGACACUCUGGUUAGACAAGUGUGUAGAAGAACUCAAAACAAAUGAAAAGUGGGUAUUGCCAGCCCUAAAAGUGAUGCGUGAGAUUUGUUGCCUGUACGAAGCCGGCGGCGGGACCGGGCUGCGGCCUCACGUGACUCGUCAGGAACUCAUAGACCGGCUUCAGACACAACACUCGCUCGUAAUACUCGUAACCGACUCUCUAACACACUAUAUGGACGCUGUGCGGAACAAACUAACGGAGGAGGGUGAAAUAGAUUGGGAUAAUUGGCUGCCAGAUGGCAGGUACCCUCAUGCCGCUCAAGUUCAUGAAAGACUAAGCUUCCUAAGGUUUUUAUUGAAAGAUGGACAAUUAUGGCUGUGCGCAGAACAGGCUAAACAGAUCUGGGUAUGUCUGGCAGAGAAACCAGCACACCUCGGUGAUCGGGAAGCAUGUUUUCGGUGGUUUAGCAAACUAAUGGGAGAAGAACCUGACUUAGACCCAAAUAUUAAUCUACACUUUUUUCGAAAAAAUAUUAUGACCUUAUCACCAAAUUUACUAACCCACGCCGGUAUCAAGUGUUUUGAAAGAUUUUUCAAGGCAGUAAACUCCAAAGAAGGCAAACUAAAAAUGAAGAGACGAAGUUUUUUACUUAACGAUGCUGAUCUCAUAGGAUUAGAUUAUUUAUGGAGGGUAAUAACAGAGUGCGACGACGAGAUAUCAGCGCGCGGCAUCGAGUUGCUGCGCGAGGUGUGCACGUGCGUGGGCCCGCAGCUGUCGGCCGCGCACCACCACGAGGCCUUCCUCACGCACUGCUGCGCGCGCACGCAGCGCAUGCAGAAGGACAUGGAGGCGCAUCAAGAUUCGUCGGAAGGAUGUACGAGAAUGUGUAGAGUGAUUCGUGCCAUACAAGAAUAUAUAAAUGAAUGUGAUAGAAGAUUUUCGGCGGAGCGGCAGAUUUUACCUAUCUACAGGUCGGGUCGAGGGAGGCAGUGUACUAUUAUAGUCAGAUUUAAUUUUCAAACUGGCCAAAGACAAGUAGAAGAUAUAGAGCUUUACUCGCAUUCGAAUGACACGCUGCACUCGUUGCGUUCGACCAUUCAGAGGAGGCUCAAGAGUGCUUCAGAAAGUAAUAUAAAAUUAGAACUAUAUGUAAAUAAGUUGGAGCUGUUUGUCAACGGAGAGCUAUUAGAUUCUAGUCACGAUAGAAAAAUCCUAUCGCAAAUUCCGCUUCGUGACAAAACUGUGAUUGUUGCUAAGGUGUAUGAUGGGCAAGUGUGUGGCAGUGGCGGCUGUGGCUCGUCAAACGAGUCCAGCAGUGACUCUAGUACUUCCUCACCUCCGUUGUCACCGACACCGGAACACGCUUUACCUGGCGUUCUUUUUGCACAAGGCUCGUGGUAUUUACCGUUUAUAUUAGAAUUGGAACACAUUGGUAUCACAAAAGGACACGGACCACUGACUGAAGCUGCGCAUUUACUCUCACAAAUCUGCCCUGCGCAUAAACAAACUGUGGAGAAACUAACUGAAGCUUUGCUAUGUCGAGAAGAAUCUAAACUAAGAGACAUGCUGUAUGGACCAGCUCCACCCACAGUAGCCUAUAAUAUUGAAGUAUUAUAUAGCAUGGUGAUGCCGUCUUCGGACACAAAAUUGGACCGCAGUCGCAGCUUCCAAAUAGCGUGCGUCAAGAAAGCACCGCUCUUAGUGCAAUGCUUGUCCGAUAAAGAUUUUUUAAAAGGCGCUGCGCCACACACGAGGAGAGUCGGUUAUUUAGCUCUAGUCAGGCUGGCCAAGUUGGCGUUAUAUACGUUAGGCCACCUUUUCGAAAUACUCGCUCCAGACGGAUCUGAUACAAACGUAGAUAAGGAAUUUAGAAUGGACGUAACAAUACUACGAGAAGCAUUGCAAACGGUGCCUAAUCACAGCUGUGAACUAAUAGUGAAGGCUAUUUCUGAAAAGCUGGCUAAUACUUUAGGAGAACAGGUUGUAUUAAGUGGUGAAGACAGUGACUCUGUGUCAACGUUAGUCUGGUGGCGAGUUCCCACUACGGCCACGGUUCGAGCGCUAUUUAGUCUCGCCUUUUCCGUAGCUCAGCCAUCUGAGCACAGCGGCAUCGUCCAUCCCGAUGAUGUUACAUUGGUUCGUGAGUGUAUGGAGGUAGUGACCAUUUGCAUGGCGCUGAGCGGCGGCCACUUGGAGACAAACUUGCUGAAUGAGUCAUGGUGGCAAGACACCGCAUUGUUUUUGAUGAUUGACUGCCCGAACCCUCAAGUGCGCGUGUCGUGCGCGGAGCAGCUGCUGGCGAUGUGCGCGUGGGGCGGCGGCGGCGGCGCGCGCGCGGCGCUGGGCGCGCUGGGGGGCGCGGCGCCGCGCGCUGCCGCCGCCGCGCGCCUCGCCCGCCACGCGCGCCACGCGCAGCAGUUCCUGCAGCUGCUGUGCCGCCUCGUGGCGCUGGCCGGGCCCACCGCGCGCACGCUCGAAGAUUUAGCGCUAGAGGUGGCUUGGCUGCGAGCUGUACGCGCCAACCCCGCCUCUUUAGACGACACUUUAUUCGAGGGUCAUCUCAAUCUCACGAAGGAACUUUUUGCACACGUGCCUGCACAAGUCAAAUUCCAGUACGGCGCGCAUCCUGAUCACAAGGAUUCAGGAUUGAUCAAGGAAGUGACGACGGAGUUCCUAUGGCCGUACUCGUGGGCGUGGUGCAGCAUGUCGAGCGGCGAGGCGGGGGCGGGGGGCGCGGCUGGGGGCGCGGGGGCGGGGGGUGAGCCCGCGCCGCCGCUGUGCCGCACGCCGGGCGCGGCCGCCGCCGCCACCGACCUGCUGCUGGCGCUCGUGCACGGCUGCGUGCCCAACAUGGCCGCGCUCGCCACGCUGCUCGACCACAUGUUCUAUAGCGACAAGAGCAUGCCGCUGUCGGAGUGGGAGUACAUGCCGUGCGUGGGCCCGCGGCCGCCGGCGGGGCUGGUGGGGCUGAAGAACGCGGGCGCCACGUGCUACAUGAACUCUGUGCUGCAGCAGCUGUACUGCGUGCGCGCCGUGCGGGACGCGCUGCUCACCGUGCAGGGUGCCGCAACUGACCCUAAUGAAGAUUUUUCAGGAGAGAGCCAUCAUCAUAGCAUAGUCGAGAAUAACAUUGAGAACAACUCAGAUUACAAUAUAACAAUUUUGAAACAAGUACAAGCAAUAUUUGCUCAUUUGCACUACAGUAAACUUCAAUAUUAUAUUCCUAGAGGACUAUGGGCGCAUUUUAGGUUACAAGGAGAACCCGUGAAUUUACGAGAACAACAAGACGCUGUAGAGUUUUUCAUGUCAUUGGUUGAAUCUUUAGACGAAGCGUUAAAGUCUUUGGGUCAGGAGCAGCUCAUGGCGAAAACUAUGGGUGGAACAUACUCUGACCAGAAAAUUUGUAAAGGAUGUCCUCAUAGGUACUGCAAGGAAGAGCCUUUCAGUGUAGUAUCUUUAGAUAUCAGGAACAUGUCGCGAUUGCAAGAGUCGUUAGAGGCCUACGUGCGCGGGGAACUAUUAGAGGGUGCUGAUGCCUACCACUGUGAUAAGUGCAACAAAAAGGUGGUGACAGUUAAGCGGUUAUGUCUAAACAAAUUACCUCCAGUUUUAGUUAUUCAAUUAAAGAGAUUUGAAUAUGACUUUGAAAAAGUAUGUGCUAUAAAAUUCAAUGACUAUUUUGAAUUUCCUCGAGACUUGGAUGUAGAACCUUAUACAGCGUGGGGUCUGGCUCGGGCCGAAGGUGACGCGUCGUUAUGGGAAGGUGGCGAGGAAAAGGCACAGGAAACGCAUUACCAACUCAGUGGUAUCGUCGUACACUCAGGACAGGCAUCCGGUGGCCACUACUACUCAUAUGUUUUGCUCAGAGACAACGGUAGCGAGACAGGUCGGUGGGUGAAGCUGGACGACGGCGACGUGUCGGAGUGCGGCAUGCACGACGACGAGGAGAUGAAGGCGCAGUGCUUCGGCGGCGAGUACAUGGGCGAAGUAUUCGAUCCGAUGUUAAAGAGGGUGUCAUACAAGCGGCAGAAGAGGUGGUGGAACGCGUACAUGCUGUUCUACACGAGGAAGGAUACUAUAGAAAAUCAGUCAGUUUUAGAACAAUCUAUGAAAAAUUUAACAAUGAAAGAAAACAUUAUACCCAGGCCUAUUUGGCAGUCAGUACGUCGCAGUAACAUUGCAUUUUCACACAACCAAGAUCAGUUUAGUCUUGAGCACUUCAACUUCAUGAAGAAGCUCUGCUGUAUGCGACUGCAAAUGUUACCUGGAUCUCAAAGCGCUGUUUGGGGACCGGAACACGAAGAAAUGUCGAUGUUAGCGGUACAACUAGCCACAAAGUUCUUAUUCCAAGUCGGAUUCCGGACAAAGAAAACACUUCGCGGCCCCGCCUCUGACUGGCACGACAUAUUAUGUCAACACUUGAGAUGCUCACAAAUGGUUAGAGCGUGGUUUGCAACAGAUCUCUUCAAACAUCCACACAGACUUUGCGACUACCUAUUAUCGUGUCCUACGGCUGAAGUGCGAGUAGUGUUUAUGAAAAUUAUUGUCUUUUUGGCACAUUUCUCAGUUCAAGAUCCUCCAGUGAGCAACGGUUUCGGCACGUGGUGUUCCCGCGAGGAGGCGGGCUCGCUGUCGGACCAGCUGCUGUGCAGCGCGCGCGCGCUGGCCGUGCCGCCGCACACGGACGCGCACACGCACCGACACCUGCCGCUGCUGUUCAACCUCUUCCACACCUACGCCUGCCUCGGACUCAGCGAGAAGCACCAGCUGCUGCGGUUGAAACUCCUAGACAUCGUAUUAGCUGUUUGUAUGGAUGAGUCCAACACGUCAAUGGGCAAAUAUCAGUACCCAGAGUCAGCUAAAAUUCAUCAGGUGGUGUGCGCGCUGGUCCGCUGCUGCGACGUGAGCGCGCGCUGCCAGUCGGCGGGCGCGGGCGAGGGCGCGGCGCCGCUGCCCAACCCCUUCGCCGAGCACGCCGCGCACGCCGCGCACGCGCGCCCCGCGCUGUCGCCCGCCGCCGCCGACGUGCUCUACAACAGGACCGGAACUUAUAUGAAGAAAUUAACCGAAGAAUGUUGCGGGUGCGAUGAGGGCAUCAGACUGCUGCAGUUCCUGUGCUGGGAGCAUGCGGGCUGGUCGCGCAUAGCGUUGGCCGAGCUCCUGUGGCAGAUGGCGUACGCGUAUUGUCACGAGCUACGCCGACACUCCGACGCGCUCACCGCGCUACUGCUGCUGGAGGACAGCUGGCAGACGCACCGCAUACAUAACGUUAUUAAAGUAACUUAUUAAAACAAGAUACAUGAUUCGAACAAGCCAAGGAGGAAAUUAAAAAAAACCGUUAUUUAUUUCUAAUUAAUUCAACAACGAGUCGAAGCUUAUUCAAUCAAGUAUCUGCUUUGUUAGAUUCUUAUUUCUUUUAAACAAUUUCCUUUAGUUACUAUAUUAUUAUGGGAAAAAUCUAUGUAUGGUGAAGAGUUAUUGUCAAUUUUUAAUAAAUUUUGGUGACUUAGCCCAGAUUAUAACUCAGAUCGCUGGUCUAAGUUGCAUGUUCUGUUGCUUGCUUAAAUGUUCCCAAUUAACUUAAUGUUAUUUGAAAUUAUGUAGCAAAACUCAUCUUUAUUACUUAGUAGGUAGUGGUUUCGUAGAACUUAUAUUGUUGUGAUUAUGAGCUAGGAGAUUGUAAAACGUGCGUGUUGUGU